CAGGAGCGCCCUGAGGUCGCAGAGUGAACAAGCGAGUGAGGCACUGAGGCAACAGAGAGCUGAUUUCUUCUAGCACUGGCUACUGGGGUUUUACGUUGUAAAAGCUCUGUAUGCCUCUUAGAAAAGCAUCUGAGAAAGGGGGAGAAUGGCAUCACUGUUUCUGGGCAACACCUGCCUGUGAUUUUAACGCUUUCCUUCCUGGCACACUCAAGUCAAGCAAAGAUUUCCCAGUACUGCGUCCUUCCUCGUUGGACAGGUACAGUCGAAACCAGUUCAAUGCAGGCUUUGGGAUUUUUUCAGCACAUUCAAGGAGUAUACGUGCUCUAAAUGCCUACAACACAGAGGAAUCCAGCUACUUCUAAUGGGAUGCAUUUGCAUAGAGGAAGAAUUCCUCAUUUAAGAUGGGUAAUAAGCAAACGAUAUUUACUGAUGAACAGCUAGAUGCCUACCAGGAUUGCACAUUCUUCACUCGGAAAGAAAUCCUUCGGUUGCAUGGCCGAUACCAUGAAAUGGCACCAAACGUUGUGCCCAUGGACUAUACAAAGGACCCAGAUGUUAAACUACCUAUGCAGCUUAUAAUAAACAUGCCUGAGCUAAAGGAGAAUCCCUUCAGGGAAAGGAUUGUGGAAUCUUUCUCAGAAGAUGGAGAGGGGAGCCUCAGCUUCAAUGACUUUGUGGAUAUGUUCUCUGUGCUCAGUGAAAUGGCUCCCAGAGAGCUUAAAGCAAUCUAUGCCUUUAAGAUCUAUGAUUUUAACACAGAUAACUUCAUUUGUAAAUCAGACUUGGAAAAAACCCUCAAUAAGCUGACCCGAGAAGAGCUAACAGCAGAAGAAAUCACUCUGGUUUGCGAGAAAGUGAUAGAAGAAGCUGACAUGGAUGGCGAUGGGAAACUAGGAUUUGCAGAUUUUGAAAAUAUGAUUUCCAAAGCACCAGACUUUCUCAGUACUUUCCACAUAAGAAUCUGAAGAUGUUUCCGUGAGCCAGUGUUAUCAGAAAUGACUUGCCAGUCCAGCCUUUCUGAAUCUCAGGCACUUUGGGGGCUUUCGUCCUCUACUUAUGGCUUCUUAGAAUUCAGCAGAAGGUACUGAAAUAAUUCUUGUCCACAAAGAGACAGAAGCAUCAUGUGAUCUACAAGAUAUUUGGAACAGUCGCAUUUUUAUCUUCACUGCUGGCCAAGCAUUCUGGCAAAGAGGGUUGGUUAGUGGGUUGUGCGUUUUCUUUUUUUUUUUUCUUCUUUUAUUUCUCUUUUUUUAAACAGUCAGAAUCAGAAUAUUAUUAAAGGUAUUUCCACAUAGUUUUUAUAUUUAUGAAUAUUUAAUACUGCUCUUAAAAGUGCAAAAAAAAAAAAACCAAACCAGAGAUUGACAGAGAGAUUAGCUUUGGUGACUUUUCCAAGAGUAUUUGAAAGAAAGCAUGGGCCUUAAAUAAUGAGAUGCCUCUAUCACUGUGUUGUGCAGCUGGGGAUCUUGCAUGGAAAUGAUCUUAGGUGAAAGAACUGCAGUCAAGAUCAAGCUCCCAGUGUUGAAGACAACCACAUCCCAGGUUUGCCUUUCAGUCACCGAAAUGGCAGUUGCUGGGUUUGGUGCUUACCUUCAACCAAUAUUUUAUGGAUCGUCAUGUCCUUAUGAAACUUGAAAUAUUUGCCUUUUAUGUAUGGUAACUGCAUACAUGAUUCAUUUCUUCCCAAGACAAAUGUUAAAACUGUGUCCUUAUUCUCAAAGGGGGUCUUGCAUUUUACUCAUUCUAUGGGCUGAUAAUAUGGAAUGGAAGAAUAUAAUCAUCUAUAACUCGUGAAGAAGUUAAAGAAGCACAGAACUACUACUAAGGACAUGAAAAGACGUUUUCUUUCUAAACCAGCUAUGCAAUCUUUCCCAUAAAAUGCAUGAAUGCAGCUCUAUAUUUCUCUUUCCUCUCCAGCUGGAAUUCAGCUAGAUCUUUUUUUUUCCCCCAAUUCCAGUAUUGUUUAGGUACUGGGGCCUGAAGACAAUCAUAUGUGUAUUACUGUUCUAACAGUCAAUAGAAGGGCUCUGUCACUUACAUGGCUUCUGUAUCAAAGUCAUCACAAUUAAAACUUUUGAUGCAUUCUGUCAUGCUUUGAGAAUUUUUGGGCUAAGCACAUACUAAUUUCCUUUCUGGUCAUUAUUCCAGUUACUGUAAAGUGAAAUCUUUCAAAAGAUUAAAUGUGUUAUUCUUAUUGAAAAAGUUUGUUGAAGUAAAGUCAUGAAUCUUUUUACCAUUUCUGUAGGGAUGAUGCUUAUCUACCCCGGAACCUCUUAUGUAUGGUGAGCUCACAAUGUAGCUUGUUGUUCACAUUUACACAGUAUGCAUCAAGAAGAAAUAUUUCUUUAGCAUUAUGGUUGUACAUUAAAAAUGUCAAUGGAUAUUUUGGAUAUUCAGGGUAUACAGGACAGACUUGCCUAAGACAGCACAGUGAAAACAAAACUUGUAGGAUAGUAAUAACAUUUAUUUUUAAAAUAUAUUUUAGUGAUCACAUUCAGUGACGUUUAUAGCAUUUUAUUACUCCCUCCUACUGGUUUCUGUUUAGAUAAAGGAAUUAGAGCCUGAAUCCCCUUUGAUUUAUUUACCUAAGUUAAAAUGAGCAUAAAUCAAUCCUGAUACUCAGUUCUGAUUGAGUAAGAAGAGAUGCAAGCCUCAUUCUUUUUCAUUUUGAGCAGAUUGUUAGAUAUAUUGGUUGAUUCAAACAAUUUGCAAGACAUUGGUAUUAAGAGAUAU